AUGUCCUCUGAACACGUAUCGUAUUCAGAUGAUCAUAGAUUCACUAGUGAUUUAUCAAAUAUUCCAACAAGUUCUCGUAUAGAACUUCAACUUUAUUAUAAUGAUUAUCGAAAAAAUUUGAAAGUAGAAAGUCGUAUUCUAUUUUCACCUACAGAUACUAUUCACGAUGUAAUAAAAGAAUUUUUGAAAACUACUGACCUUAAUCACGUUUCUCCUAGUGAUAUUUCACUAGUUGGAUUAGGUAUUGGUAACCAACGUUCUCCUUCACCCUCAUUAAACACAUACAGAACAUUGGAACAGCUUAAUAUUAAACAAGGACAUGUUCUCUAUUUUGAACCAUCAACUAUUGUUACGUCAGCAAGACUCUAUCAUUUAACGAUAUGGGGACCUAGUCCUAUUAUCAAAGCAGAAUAUGAAUGGAACAGUGGUACAACAACAUUAAAAAUGUUACUUGAAUAUGCUAUAAGAAUAUUUUUGUUAGAAUCGAUCGAACGUCAACGUAUUCAUCUUUUUCACCGCUCUGAAGAACUUGAUCUCUCAUCAAACUCUGAUAAAUUAUUAAUUGACUUGGAAAUCAACGAUCGAUCGUUUAUCGACGUCGAAAUCAUUCCACCAAUUUCAUAUUCAAACUCACGUGCGAAUACCAACAUUUCCGGAGAACAAUUCUCAUUUUUGAAUAGACAAAGAAGCAUCUACGAUUCACCAAAUGCUGAAUCAAAUCAAUACAUACAACUUCAACUUCACUAUAAGGACGAUGGACAAAAUUUGAAUGUUGAGAGAUGUGCUAUAUUUUCAUUGACGGAUCCUAUCCACGUCGUUAUAAAAAGAUUUUUAGAUAUUGGUGAUCUUUACCAUAUUUAUCCCGAUGAUAUUUCAUUGGUUGCAUUAAGUAUUGAUAAUCAACGUUCUUCUGCGCCUCCAUUAAAUGCAAACAUGACAUUACACCAACUUAACAUUAAAGAGGGACAUAGUCUCUAUUUUGAACCAUCAACUAUUGUUACGUCAGCAAGACUCUAUCAUUUAACUAUAUGGGGACCUAGUCCUAUUAUCAAAGCAGAAUAUGAAUGGAACAGUGCUACAACAACAUUAAAAAUGUUAUUUGAAUAUGUUAUAAAAGAAUUUUUGUUAGAAUCGAUCGAACAGCAACGUAUUCAUCUUUAUAAAGGUCUUGAAGAACUCGAUCUGACAUCAAAUUCUGAUAAAUUAUUAAGUAAAUUGAGUAUCAUAGAUCAAACAUAUAUCUUUGUCGAAAUCGUUCCAUCGUAUUCAUCAUCAAUAGUUCAUGUCGAAUGUGCUUACAUUAAUGGAACACAACUGUUCGAUGUGCCAAAUACAACUACGAUUGAUCAGUUGAAAAAUCAAAUUGAACAACGAUUCAAAGAUUAUUUUCUUCUUGAUUUAAAGUUAUUUAAUCGUAUGCACGAUAGAAUAGACUUGAAUGAAUCAAAACAAAUGCUUUCCGAUCUAGGUAUAAAGCCUGGUCAAACUAUUUAUGCUGCUUUUCAUUUGACUUCUUCUAAUAAUCAAUCAUCUAUUGUAAAUCCUCGAAUUAAUAUGACACCAAGAUCUUCGUCAUUAAUUGCAAAAAAUAAACCAUAUGACAUCACAGUCAAUGUUAAAUUUUCGAAAUUCGAUUCUACUUUUACUACUGAAGUUUCAAUAAACGACACUGUAGAUGAUUUGAUAAAAAUGAUAGAAUCUUUUAAGAAAAGUCAAUCAUUAGAUAUUGUUCUCAUGUCAUCUGGAUCGACUAUCAUUGAUAAUAAAAAAUUCAAUCAACGUUUAACUGAUAUUGGAAUCAAGUCCAACGAUAUAAUUGAUGUUAUUGCAAUAGAUAAGACACCAACCUAUUAUUCAAAUACAAGCAGUUAUAUUACUACGCCAUACACAUCAAGUAGACCGUUAGAAAUGCAGCGAUUUCCUUUAACACCCAUUGGUUUAUAUAAUUUUGUAAAUACAUGCUAUAUGAACAGUGCACUUCAAUGUCUUGUUCAUGCAAAACCAUUAACUCAAUUCUUUUUAGAUGGUCUUACUCAAGAUGUUUCAGAUGAUGAUAAAUACGUAGAUGUUGAAUGGAAUCAAUUUUAUACAAUUGGUACAGUGACUGGAGCAUAUGCUGAUCUAUUGAAAAAUUUAUGUUUAUCCAAUAAAACUAUGAAUUAUAGUUCAACAUUUCGACCGACUCACUUAAGAGAAAUAAUUGGUGUUCAAGCUCCUCGUUUUGCUACUUCGGAUCAACAAGAUGCUCAAGAAUUUAUGACUUUUCUUCUCGAUGAAAUACAUAGAGAAUUAAAAGAAAAAAAUGGUAAUGAAUCAAAUACAAUUAUUGAAGAUUUAUUUUUUGGAAAAAUCCAAUCAACUAUUACUUGUCUUCAAUGUAAACAUGAAGAAAAAACAAUAAAUCCAAUCAGUUUCUUACCAUUGCCAUUGACUCAACAGGGACGUAGAUUUACAAUAAAAUUUAUUUCAAGAUGUGGUGAUACUGAAUUGGCACACGUCAAUGUAUCCGAAACUGGUCAAGUUAAAAAUCUUAUAGAAGCCUUUGCUGAAUCUUGUUCUCAUACUUUGUUCGGUACUAUUAUGGCUAUGACAAAUGAUGAACAACUUGAUUUAGAAAUGCCAUUAAAUCAAUUAUCUACUAGAGAAAUAAUGCUUGUAGAAAAAGAUGAUUUUACAAGUAGUUCACAAUUUAAUCGAUUUAAUAGACAUUCAAAAAAAUUAACUCUUGAAAGUUGUCUUCGAGAAUUUUGUUCACUUGAAUCUCUUGAAGAUUCAUGGUUAUGUCAACAAGAAACAUGUAAAAAAACUACGAAUGCAACUAAACAACUUCAAUUUUGUAGUCUUCCAACUAUACUCAUUAUUCAAUUUAAACGAUUUUUACAUCAAGAUGGUUUACGAGAAAAACUAGAAACAUUUGUCGAUUAUCCAAUAAAUGCACUCAAUUUAAGUCAUUUUAUUUCAUCAUCAUCUUCAUCAGAACAAAUCAUCUAUGAUUUAUUUGCUGUAUGUAAACAUACUGGAUCAAUCUAUGGUGGUCAUUACAUAACAUGUGCUCGGCAUGAAACAAAUGGCGAAAGUAAAUGGUAUAGAUUUGAUGAUUCAUUUGUAUCAUCGUUCUGUUACAAUGAUGAUAUUGUUUCUAAAGAUGCCUAUCUACUUUUCUACAUCAAAAGAGAAAAUCCGAAACAAUUAACACCAAUAACAACGUCUUAA